UUUACACAAAAAGUAAUGAUUGCACCAAACAGUUUAUUCCUUUAAAUGACAGUCAUAUGCAAGUGACCAGUACUGAAACGGACCUACGGAGCAGUUUGGUUGAUACUUAACUGAAACAUAGCAAAAUGAAGUUCCAUCAUGCUGCUGCUUUUCUCUUCUUGGCAUCCUUCUGCCAUUGUGCUGUGUCCUGUCCUGCUUUGUGCAAAUGCUACAGCGAAAGAAAGGAGGUUGUAUGCAGUGAGGUUCCCCUGAUAGAGUUCCCAACAGAGGGCCUUCCGGAGAACACCACCAUGCUGACUGUUCAGCUCACAAACAUCACCUCCCUCUCUGAACACCACCUUAAAGCAACACCACAUCUGCAAGAGCUCCAUCUGUACGGGAAUAAACUACAGAGCCUUUCUUCUCAUCUGCUCAGAGGCGUUCCUCAGCUGCACACAUUGGAUCUGACAGAAAACAAGCUCAGUGAUCUUCCUGUAGAUGUCUUCAGCGAUGCACCGCUUAAAAACUUGGUGUUAAAGAACAAUCAAAUUAAGCGAGUCGAUGAAAAAUGGCUUCCUGAUAAUAGCAGCUUAACCUGGUUGGACUUGUCUGGAAACAGUCUAACAGAGAUAUCAGUUGGUUUCUUUCAGAGGCUCCCUCACCUCGAGAAUCUUGACUUGUCCAACAAUCAACUGGAAAAGAUACCGGCAAACUCUUUGGAAAAUCUGAGCAAUCUCAAGAGGCUGAGCCUUCAAAACAACAAGCUUGAGUCCUUAGACGCAUCUGUGUUUCAGCACACAAAAAACCUCACUUCUUUGUUUCUCACUCAAAACAAGCUGAACUGGCUCCCACAAAACCUUUUUCAGGGACUUACCAGCCUCACACAUCUCAGUCUGGAUUUCAACCAGCUGAGCCACAUCCCUAUAGGUUGGUUUGAUCCGCUGAGCUCCCUCGAGGAGAGUGGACUGGACCUGACUCUUAACCCCCUGCGUUGUAACAGCCGUAUUGAAUACCUGUGGAGAUGGCUUCAGAAGAACAAGAAGAAGGUGUUGUCGGUAGACAACAUCAUCUGUAUGUUGCCUCAGUCUCUCACAGGGCACCCAGUCAUUUCCCUGACAGAAAAUGAUCUUAACAUAGGGUCUUGUUUCUCUACAGACAUGAAGUUGUUGCUCCUUGUCACCUUUUUUGCACUACCUGACUUUGACUACAAACGAAGAAGUGUACACUCGUGUCCAGAUCGGUGCUCCUGCUCUUUUCUGUCUGCUGAGGUGGUAUGCAGCAAUGGUGGCCUCACAGUUUUUCCAAGAACUGGGUUUCCUUCCGCCACCACAAUAUUGUCCAUCCAAAACACAAACCUUCGUAACAUUACUGGUGGGGAUCUGAGUGCCGUGCCACUCCUAAACAACCUACAGCUGUAUCACUCUAACCUGGCGAACCUUACCUCAGAUCUGCUGGUAUCCGUACCUCACUUGGAAACUUUGGAUCUCACAGGAAACAAGCUAGUAAAACUGCCUGCAAAUGUCUUCACCCACCGCUCACUUAGCAACCUGGUGUUGAAAAAUAAUCAGCUAGGGGAAGCAGACCCAGCGUGGUUUUCUCAAAACAGCAGCCUCCUCUAUCUAGAUUUGUCUGGUAACCGUCUGACCAGCAUCUCUGCAGCUCUGUUCAAUAAGAUGCCCCUUCUGCGAACCCUAGACUUGGACAAUAACAAUCUGCAAGAGCUACAAGCUGAAGUGUUCAGGAGCCUGGAUCACCUAGAGACUCUUAAUCUCGCUGGAAACAAAUUGAUAACCCUGAAACCUCAAAUAUUUGCUCACAAUCUUAAACUCAAAUAUCUGUACCUGCAGGAGAAUCAGCUGCAGGAUCUACCAGCGAACCUCCUGCAUAGACUGCAACACCUUGAGCUUCUGCUGCUAAACCAGAAUCAGCUUCGCCACCUCCCAAAAGGCCUACUGGAUGGGAUAAAUCCCUCUUUGCAAAUAAUCUUGUCAGGGAACCCCUGGGAUUGUGAUGGGAAGAUGGAGUACCUGUGGAAGUGGCUCACCAACCAUCGCCAAAAUGUUCUCUUUGACGAUGAAGUGACUUGUGAUCAGCCAAAGCCACUGAAAAGUCUACAAGUUUCCUCUUUAACUGAAAGUCAGCUUGGUGUAAGAUUACAAUAAAUUGUGUAAUGAGAAAAUAUUGAGAGGUAAAUAAUUGAACUUGGUUCAAUUUGGUUAUAUCACAAAA